GAUUUAAACGAGAAUUUGACUUUUAAUAGGUUCAUCCACGUCCAUGGGCCAAUCAUCGUCGGAGCCGGUCCCUCCGGCCUUGCCGUCGCCGCUUGCCUGAAAGCAGAAGGUGUUCCGAGCCUAGUCAUUGAGCGUUCACACUGCAUCGCCUCUCUAUGGCAGCUUAAGUCUUAUGACCGACUCCGCCUUCAUCUUCCUAAGAGCUUCUGUCAGCUGCCGCUCAUGCCGUUCCCGGUCGAGUUCCCUACUUACCCUACUAAGGAGCAGUUUGUUGGCUACUUGGAGGACUAUGCGGCGACGUUCGGAGUUCGGUCGGUGUUUGGGGAGGCGGUGGUGAAGGCAGAGUUUGAUGAAGGAUUGGGAUUAUGGAGGGUGAAGACAGUGAAGGAGGGGAGUGGGUGGGCGAGGGAGUAUGUGUCGAGGUGGUUGGUGGUGGCGACGGGGGAAAAUGCGGAGGAGGUGAUACCGACAAUCGGAGGGUUGUCGGAUUUUGAAGGCAUAGUUGUGCAUACUAGUGGAUAUCGAAGCGGAGAGGUAUUUAGAGGGAAGAAAGUGGUGGUGGUUGGGUGCGGCAAUUCAGGCAUGGAGGUAUGCCAUGAUCUCUGCAACUAUGACGCCAUGCCGACGAUCAUCGUGCGGGAUGCGGUGCACAUACUGCCUAGAGAGAUGCUUGGAAGGUCUACUUUUGGGCUGUGCAUGUGGCUGCUCAAGUGGCUACCUGUACAAAUGGUGGAUCGUUUGCUGUUAUUCGUCACCUGGCUCAUGUUUGGUGACACGACACGGUUCGGGCUCCGUCGACCCAAGCUUGGUCCGCUCGAACUCAAGGCCAUCUCUGGCAAGACUCCUGUUCUAGAUGUUGGCACCCUUGACAAGAUCAAGUCUGGAGACAUUAAGGUUUAUCCAGGAGUUAAGCGAUUCACUUCCAAAGGGGCUGAGUUUGUGGAUGGGAGAUCAGAAGACUUUGAUGCUGUGAUCUUAGCCACAGGGUACAGAAGUAAUGUGCCCUCUUGGUUAAAGGAUAGCGAGUUUUUCUCUGAGGCUGAUGGUUUGCCGAAGAGGCCAUUUCCUAAUGGUUGGAAGGGAGAGAGAGGUCUCUAUGCAGUAGGGUUCACCAAGCGUGGCUUGCUCGGGGCAUCCAUUGAUGCCACUAAGGUAGCCCAAGAUAUAGCACAAUGCUGGAACUCAGAAGCCAAACAAAAAUUUUUUCAGUUGGGGGUUCAUGUGGUCUCCUGCUUCUUUUCUAAGUAUGGCCAACAACAUUAUUUGAUUCUUUAUUGGUCUUGUUUGGAGCAGUUGUGUACUAAUUUUGAUCAAUGUGAGCUCUUUGGUGGCCAAAUGUUGGCUUAUCUAUACAAGCUUGGUCAGGCUAUUGGAACUCUUGUUAUGGUGGGAAAGCCUAACUUUUUUUGCAGGAAGUGGGAGUAG